AUUAAAAAAACGUAUAUAGAGAUUGAUAUAAUAGUAUCUCUUUCUAUCUUCAAUAAUUCCGUAUGUUUCAUCUCUUUUUAAUUAUUUAGUGUUGGAUUCAAAACGUUCAUCUCGAUCAAGGUACAUUAUCAAAUUUUUGUUGUGGUAUGUAAUGGCGUCGUAGCCUACAAAAACCCACAGUUUUUAUAAUUUUUUUUAUACAAAAAGUAAUUUAAUACGAAUCCAGAUACUCAUUGAAUUAGCCGUUUUAAUAGCAUUCUUUAUAGGUUAUAAAAAAGCAUCGAAAAUCUCUAAGAAAUGCCCGUUCCCGGUGGAGUUUAUCAACAACAGGGGCCCUCGUGCUUCGAUAAAAUGAAAAUGGGUUUCUUUUUGGGAUUUUGUGUUGGAAUGGCUAGCGGCGCUUUAUUUGGUGGAUUUUCGGCUUUGAGAUCUGGAUUAAGAGGAAAAGAACUUGUAAAUACUGUGGGGAAGGUUAUGUUGCAAGGAGGUGGUUCGUUCGGAACAUUUUUAGCGAUAGGAUCAGGUUUGCGAUGUUGAAAGCUUUGAAGAGAGCAACCUUGAAUUUAAUAAAGUGUAAUAAUACCCAUGGUUUUUAUCAUUAAAAUUGGGUAUACAAAU